UUAUAUAUUGGGGAGUUGUAUAUAAAUCUUGAAAGAAAAAUGAAUGGUAGUAUGUAUAGAAGAAGGAAAAUGAUGAAUAAGAAAGAAAUAAAGAAUGAAAUAAAAGAGUUUUUGAAAGAAAUGAUGGUUGAAAAGCCAUUAUAUCCAUUAGUCAUCCCUUUGUUGUUGCUUUUAUGGAGCAUUGAGAAAUGGUUCUUUAAUCUUUCCAAUUGGGUUCCUCUUGCUGUUGCUGUCUGGGCUACUGUUCAGUAUGGAAGUUAUCGGCAGCGGACUGUUGUGCAAGACUUGAACAAAAAGUGGAAACAACUCAUUUUGCAAACAUCUCCUACAACACCAUUGGAGCAUUGCGAGUGGCUCAACAAGCUCUUAGUUGAAAUUUGGCCCAAUUUCAUUAAUCCGAAGCUUUCAUUGAAAUUUUCAUCCAUCGUUGAGAAACGUCUAAAGCAUAAGAAGCCAAAGCUAAUUGAAAAAAUUGAGCUGCUAGAGUUCUCUUUAGGUUCAUGCCCUCCUAUAUUGGGAAUGCAUGGGGCUCAAUGGUCCACCAUAGGUGAUCAGAGUUUCAUCCGUAUGGGGUUUGACUGGGACACUACUAACAUAAGUAUCAUGUUGCUUGCGAAGUUGCCAAUGGGAACUGCUCGAAUAGUUGUAAAUAGCCUCCACAUCAAAGGGGAUCUUCUUAUUUCACCAAUUUUGGAUGGCAAAGCAGUUUUGUACUCGUUUGUGUCAACUCCUGAAGUCAGAAUAGGUGUUGCAUUUGGAAGUGGUGGCAGCCAGUCAUUACCCGCAACAGAACUCCCCGGUGUUUCUUCGUGGUUGGUUAAAGUAAGUAAUGAUUCUCUGAAUAAAACAAUGGUUGAACCUCGUCGGCGUUGUCUUUCUUUGCCACCAGUGGACCUGAGGAAAAAGGCGGUAGGGGGUGUAAUCCAUGUUACAGUUGUAAAUGCUGGGAAACUUUCUAGGAAUAGUUUUAAAAGAAGGUAUACAAGUGAUGCUGGUGUAGUAGAGGAUACCGAGAUUAUGGGUAAAGAUUUUCAUACAUUUGUGGAAGUGGAACUUGAAGAGUUGACAAGGAGAACACCUGAGAUUGCUGGACCCAACCCAACAUGGGAUUCAACGUUCAAUAUGGUUCUUCACGAUGAUGCGGGAAUUCUCAAGUUUAACCUUUAUGAAUGCUGUGCAGACACUGUGAAUUAUAAUUACCUUGCUAGCUGUGAAAUCAAGCUGAGAUAUUGUACGGAUGACUCAACCAUCUUUUGGGCCGUAGGAGAAGAAUUAAGUGUGAUAGCGAAGCAUGCUGAGUUUUGCGGAAAAGAAGUUGAAAUGACGGUUCCGUUUGAGGGUAUUAACUCAGCCAAGUUGAAAGUGAAACUUACACUGAAGGAAUGGCAAUUUUCCAAUGGUUUGCAUAGCUUGAGCGGUUCUCAACUUAGCACACGAGCAUCAUCACUAUAUGGGUCCACUUCUAAUCUUCAAUCAAGAACCGGAAGGAAGUUUUAUGUCACUGUUGUUGAAGGGAAAGAACUUCUAGAGAAGGACAGAAGUGGAAAGUCAUAUGUUAAACUACAAUAUGGGAAGACUAUCCGAAGGACGAGAAGUGCUGCAAAUGCUUCCCAUCCUGCUUGGAAUCAGAAAUUUGAGUUUGAAGAGAUCAGCGAUAAUGAAUACCUAAAGAUAAAAGUCUAUAAUGAAGACAUGUUUGGAGAUGAGAAUAUUGGUGGUGCAAGGGUUAAUUUGGAAGGUCUAGUGGAUGGGGUAGUACGAGAUGUAUGGAUUCCACUUGAGAAAGUCAACAAGGGUGAAGUGCAGCUUCAAAUCGAAUCAACAACAAUCGAUGAUUAUGAAGUUUCCAAGAGUUCACAAGGAGGUUUGAUAGAGCUUGUUCUUAUUGAAGCACGAGAUCUUAUUGCUGCAGACAUUCGGGGAACAAGUGACCCAUAUGUCAGGGUACACUAUGGCAAUAUGAAGAGAAGUACUAAGGUAAUGUAUAAAACCCUGACUCCCCAAUGGCAUCAAACUUUUGAAUUUCCUGAUGACGGAAGUCUCUUAGCUCUCCAUGUAAAAGACUAUAAUGCCCUUUUACCAACAUCAAGUAUUGGUGAUUGCAUUGUCGAAUAUCAGAGAUUGCCUCCAAAUGAGAUGUCAGAUAAGUGGAUACCCCUUCAAGGUGUUAAAAGGGGUGAGAUUCAUGUUCAAGUUACUAGAAAGGUUCCGCAAGUACAAAAGAGAGUUUCUGAAUUUGAGUCACCCUCAAGUAGAGGACGUCAAAUUUCAGGCCAGAUGAAGCAAACAAUGAUGAGAAUUCGGUCGUUGAUCGAGGAUGAAAGUUUUGAAGAACUGUCAAUGUCUCUGAAUGAGUUGGAAAGCCUGCAUGAAGUUGAAGAAGAAUGCAUUCUCCAACUAGAAACAGAGCAGAUGUUGUUGCUCAACAAAAUUAAUCAGCUUGGUCAAGAAAUCAUCAACUCGUCACCAUCUCCAUCGCGCGCCAAAGUUCAAGUAAUCGAGUAAGCAACAUGCAUAGAUCAGGAUAGGGUUGAUUAUAUGAUGUAUUUUGCAUGUGGCUAUUAUAAGGAUUUCAGAUAAGAUGGAAAACAUACACAUAUAUGAUGAAAAACUUCAGUGAGUAUAUAUAUUUAAGGGUGGGUUUGAUUCGAGGAACUGGAUUUUGGUAUGGGUUUGAAAAUGAUAUAUGCUAUUUGGUUUGAGGGCAUAGGAUGAUUUCAACAUGUGGAAUGGGAUAAUUCACGGAGCAAAGCUAAACAAGUCAUGACUGCCACAACUGGUAGUCGGCAUCGUCUACACUCUACAUCACAUCACGCCGAUACGCAGGAAGUUGAUAAAUAACCUUUUGACUUAGAAUUUUGUAUAUAACCCUUUAGCUAUUAGUUAUAUAAAAGUCAAAACCUUCAUUUAAAACAUUCUGCAUUUUUAUUAUGAUAUAAAAGAACCUUGAAAAUUAAAAGUA